GCCGGCGCGCUGAGCUGCAAAAAAAGAGGCAGAAGAAGAAGAGAGGGGGGCAUUCUCAGAUUUCCCGAUUCCUCCCGGCCGAGUCCGCUUCCACAUCACGGCCGCCAGCGCGACCGAGACGACGACGUGAGCCCCGCGCUUCAACCCCGCCACCUGGACCGCGUAGCCCCCCCCACCACCACCACCACCAGCAAGCCAGCCCGCCAGCCACCCCCGGCUGCCCCUCCAAUCUAACCGGACCCGCAAACGAGGUGAGGACGAUUGGAGCCUAAUGGGAUGGCGCUGCUGAGAUGACCUGCGCGUUACCGCUUCUCUCGAGAGAUCGUUCUCCAGUCGAAAGAGCGCCGCGGAAUCUAACCGGGACGCGGUUGGCGGGCUCACAUGAUGGACAGGUGAUGGAGUCUUCCGUCAUCUUUCUCCACCAGUGACUCUGCCUGCCAGCCGGCCCUCCCUCCUGAGGCAGAAGUGUGUUCCAGCGGUCCGCGGCCCCCCAUUUCUCUGCCAUGGUGACAUAAGCCCUGCUGCAACAUGAGGGAGAGCCAACAUGAGACCGUCUCAUUUCUUUCUCCAGUAGCUGCUGCAGCUGCUGCUUCCACGCCGUUCGUGUUCAGCUCCAUGACCGGACUGACUCUGCUGUGAAUAAUCCCCGCUCGCCGUUUUCCAGCCACACCGAGAGAGGCUGUGCCCCCGUGUUGCCGGGCCGGUGGGGCGGCGUGGCGCGAGACGAUGCUGGGAUGCGUGACGCGCCUCCGUCGGCUGGUCCGUCUCCUCCCCCUGCAGACCUCGCUCCUCCUCCUCUUCCUCUUCUGCACCGUCAGCGUCUUCAUCUCUGCCUACUUCCUCUAUGGCGUCAAGCGGGAACUGGAGCCCUCGGGAGGGGGCGUGUCCGGAGCCGAGGGAGCGUCCGCCGACUCGGACGACCCGAGGGUCACGCCGUCGCGGCUGCUGCCGCUGCGGGGCGUCCCGGGGGCCCCGGGGGUGGAUCCCGGAGGGGCCAGGACAGACCCUGUGGUGCUGGUGUUUGUGGAGAGCCAGUAUUCUCAGCUGGGUCAGGAGAUCGUGGCCAUCUUGGAGUCUGGCCGGUUCAAGUACCGGACUGAGAUCUCUCCCGGCAAAGGCGACAUGCCGACACUGACGGACAAAGACCGAGGGCGUUUCACACUGGUGAUUUAUGAGAACAUUCUCAAGUAUGUUAACUUGGACGCUUGGAACCGAGAGCUGCUGGACAAAUACUGUGUGGAAUAUGGAGUGGGCAUCAUUGGCUUCUUCAAGGCCAAUGAAAACAGUCUGCUCAGUGCACAGCUGAAAGGCUUCCCCCUCUUUCUGCACUCAAACUUGGGUCUGAAGGACUGCACCGUCAACCCCAAGUCCCCGCUGCUCUUCAUCACCCGAUCGGGGCAGCCCCUGCCGGGCCCCCUCCCCGGGGACGACUGGACCGUUUUCCAGUCCAACCACUCAACGUACGAGCCCGUGCUGCUGGCCAAGACCCAGUCGGCCGAGAGCAUCGCGUCCAUGGGGCAGAACGCGGCUCUGCUCCCGUCGGUGGUGCAGGACCUGGGGCUCCACGACGGCAUCCAGAGGGUCCUGUUUGGCAACAACUUGGUCUUCUGGUUGCACAAGUUGGUGUUUGUGGACGCCGUGGCCUUCCUGACGGGCAAGAGGCUUUCGCUGUCCCUGGAGCGCUACGUCCUCGUGGACGUCGAUGACAUCUUUGUGGGCAAAGAGGGCACUCGCAUGAAGGUGCCUGAUGUAAAGGCCCUGCUGGAGACACAAAGGGAGCUGCGCACCCACGUGCCCAACUUCACCUUCAAUCUGGGCUUCUCAGGGAAAUUCUUUCACGCCGGGUCCGACGAGGAGGACUUGGGAGACGACCUGCUGCUCUCCUUUGUGAAGGAGUUCUGGUGGUUCCCUCACAUGUGGAGCCACAUGCAGCCCCAUCUAUUCCACAACCAGUCCGUGCUGGCCGAGCAGAUGUUGCUCAACAAGAAAUUUGCCAUAGAGCACGGGAUCCCCACUAACAUGGGCUACGCGGUGGCCCCCCACCACUCCGGCGUCUACCCUGUCCACAUUCAGCUGUACGACGCCUGGAAGAAGGUGUGGGGCAUAAAGGUGACCAGCACGGAGGAAUACCCGCACCUGAAGCCGGCCCGCUUCCGCCGCGGUUUUAUCCACAGCGGCAUCAGCGUGCUCCCCAGGCAGACGUGUGGUCUAUUCACACACACCAUCUUCUACAAAGACUACCCAGGCAGUCCAAACGAGCUGGACAAGCUCAUCAAUGGAGGAGAACUCUUCCAAACGGUUUUGCUGAACCCUAUCAGUAUCUUCAUGACCCAUCUGUCCAACUAUGGCAACGAUCGCCUCGGCCUGUACACCUUUAAAAGCCUGGUGAUGUUCCUCCAGACGUGGACCAACCUGAAGAUGCAGACGCUGCCCCCCGUUCAGCUGGCUCAGAAGUACUUCAGCCUCUUCCCCUCCGAGAGAGAUCCACUCUGGCAGGAUCCUUGCGAGGACAAAAGGCACAAGGACAUCUGGUCCAAAGAGAAAACAUGUGACCGCUUCCCCAAACUGCUCGUCAUCGGGCCUCAGAAGACUGGGACAACAGCGCUCUACCUGUUUCUUGGAAUGCACCCGGAUCUGACCAGUAACUACCCGAGCAAGGAGACCUUUGAGGAGAUCCAGUUCUUCAAUGGGCACAACUACCACCGAGGCAUUGACUGGUAUAUGGAGUACUUCCCCCUGCCAUCCAACACUAGUUCUGACUACUACUUUGAGAAGAGUGCCAACUACUUUGACUCUGAGGUGGCUGCCCAAAGGGCCGCCGCGCUCCUGCCAAAGGCCAAGAUCAUCACCAUCCUCAUCAACCCGGCGGACAGAGCUUACUCUUGGUACCAGCACCAGAGAGCCCACGAUGACCCGGUGGCGUUGAAGUACUCCUUCCAUGAUGUCAUCACUGCAGGCCACAACGCACCGGUCCGACUGCGCGUCCUCCAGAACCGCUGCCUGGUGCCCGGCUGGUACGCCAUCCACCUGGAUCGCUGGCUCAACUUCUAUCACUCCAGCCAGCUGUUGGUCUUGGAUGGACAGAUGCUGAAGACUGAGCCUGCUUCCAUCAUGGACAAAAUCCAAAAGUAUCUGUCCCUGGUCAACGUCAUCAACUACCACAAGAUCUUAGCCUUUGACCCCAAGAAGGGCUUCUGGUGUCAGCUGCUGGAGGGAGGGAAGACAAAGUGUUUGGGGAAGAGUAAAGGGCGCCGGUACCCCGACAUGGACCCUGAGUCCCAGACCUUCCUCAGGGAGUACUACAGGGAUCACAACAUCGAGCUGUCCAAGCUGCUCUACAAGAUGGGUCAGCCGCUGCCCAGCUGGCUCAGAGAAGAGCUGGUCCACACCAGGUAGCGGCACCGCAGGCGGAGACCACGGCUCCUCCACACGCUGAACUCCACCCUGCCGCGGUGGCCGGAAAUGUUGAAGAUCCCGACUAGUUUUGAAAGGGACCGAUAGACGGGAGCCGAUACAUCGAAAAUUGAGGAUGCGACGGCCCACUCCCUCCUCCCCCCUCUCAACCAGAACUCAAAACUUAAUUGUGACCUCCCCAAAUGAACAGGACAGCAGAGGACGAUGAGCGGGACGAAAGCGCAGUUGCUUCGGUGCAGCGCUUAGCGCUCCCUUCUCUGCCCAGGCGUCCACACGCUGUUGCUCCCCUGCAGGACCAACCAGGACCGUGGAUGUCUUGGCGAUGGGCUCGGAGAGUCUUAGUGGUGCAUGGGGGAGGGGGGGUUCAGUCAGUUGUUUGAUUGCCACAUCCCUGCUCUCCUUAAUCAAGCAUCUCGUCUUCACUUGGACUUCAUCUUGAAAAAUCAAAGGAAGGAACAAAACAAGAGGCCCGAUGCUUGAGGAAGGAUUCACCGUUUCAGCUCUGGGGAUAAAAAGGAUGAACACGACAUCACCCGUGUCUCCAGCUAAGAGUUGUUGUGCUUGGAGCACGCGAAAAACAGGCAACUUAACAUUGACUUUAGAGGAUGACAGCCUGACGGAGAGACAAUGGUGGCAAAUGCCUUUAACGUAAGCAAGUGUUUAUAGUGGUUUCUAUGAGAAGUCUGGAGUCCCGCCUCAGGCUGCAUGUUGUAGCCUUACUCGAUGGGCCUUGGUAGUAUCUAGUUAUGGCAUUUACAAGUGCCACCACCGGAUCUUCAAUGAAAUAUUACCAUGUGGACUUUUGAGGGUUCCCUUAAUUUUUUUUUUAAAGUUAUGUUUACUUUCCUCCGAUUUUGUUUCUCUAAUGCUGAAGGCAAUGCAUUAUUGUAGAAUGUACCAAAACUAAACAUUUUAGCUCAGUCUUCUCAUAUAGGCCUGGAUGUGCAGGGGACUGGUUUGUUAAACCGUUCUGCUGAGCCUCCUGUACAGUCCGCUCAGACCAUUAAACUGGUUCAGGCAGGAGCAGUAGUGAUAUAUACUGUUGAAAGCACAAUAUUUAAGGCACUCAAGUAAACAUUGCUUCUGAACAUACAGGUUACUGGGAAGCACACUAAGAAGAUGGAGUUCCUACUACAGUCUGUGAAGAGGAUCAUAAGCUAGCUACUGUAUGUUUAAUUACACAUUGUGUUCAGAAAGAUUCAGAUCGUGUACAGAUCAAGAUUGGGCAUUUCAAAUUUGUUUUUAGGCUAUUUCAGUUCACUGUACAUUUUUAUUUCAUGUGUUGGAUCAUUUUAAUUGGAGGGGGGAGAGAAGCCGUCUCUGGGAGUAAAGUUGAAAAGUUUCCCGGCUGAACAGCAGUACGCCCGUUGAGAGCACGCAGGCGCUCGGUUGUCGGUUAAGGCGUUCCCACUGCAACUAGAUGUCAAGCAUAGAAAACAAAAAGCUGCUCUUAUUGCAAUAGUUUUGUACGUCAACGCACAUGUUGGUCCUUUUCAUUUCCCGACUUUGUAAUGUACAUAAUACGCAGCCCUCGGUAGACCUAAAUUAUUGAAUGUGUUUUUGGGUUUACGCUCUCCGUCAUCGGCCCAUUCCCGUAGUGUGACGUGUCCGUGCUGUGCCGAGGGGAGUUUGGAUCGCUUCAUCGUGCAAGAGGUGUGUCGCUGAGAUUGUUUCCUCUCACUGCCAACUGUUGUACACAGGUACCGAGUCUCUCCAUAUAAAGUAUUAAGUGAAAACACAUAACAGCAAUGAUGGUACUAAUCUCCUGGACUGUAUGAUAAAGAUUUGUAAUUGUUGUCAAUAAUUUUUACAUUGUAACUAAUAUUGUCGGUGCUUUUUAAUUUGCAAAUAAAACACCACUGUAUUUUUCAAUA